UUAUGCUUAUAUCGUUUAUAAAAUAUUAUUCGAUAAAUAUAAAAUUAAUUGGUUCUCAUUGUAUAAAAUACGGUAUGUUACUGGAACAUAACGAUUACCAUCAUUAUCUACGUUAUAGAAUAACAAGUAGUCAUAAUUUACAUCAUAACGAAUAUCAUAGAGAUCAUUUAAAAGGAAUUACAAUGAAUAAACCUUCUGCUAGUAAAUAUAAAUUAAAUACGGAACUGGAUAUAGCAGAGACAAAGAGCUUGCAAGAGCAAUAUCAACAACACCAGCAGCAGCAACAAUUAAUGUUAAAUCAACAAGUGAUGCAACACAAUGCUGCUGCUGCUGCUGCUGCUGCUUUGACUUCGCCGCUGCAGCAUCUGAACAAUAUAUUUGGUCUGAAUAUGCCUAAUAAUGUAACAACAACAACAACAACAACAACAGCAACGGCAACGCAUUUGCCAUUAGCGGCAACGCAUUUAUUUCAGGCUAAUAAUUUGCAGCAUUUAUUAGCAGGUGUUACGGCGCAGCAACAGCAGCAGCAACAACAACAACAACAACAUCAGCAACAGCAACAAUUUCAACAACUAUAUAAUGAAUUUUACGGCAGCAUGUUGCCACAACAUUAUUUUGAUAAUAAUAAAAUGUUAAGAUCAUUUAUGGCGAGCGCCAAUGUCAAUGCCAAUGCUAUUCAUAUCAAUACAAAGGAUACGUAUCCGAUUAUUAAUGCAGGCUUGAGUAUGGACAAAUUAAUAGAUUGUCGCUUGCCUCAAGCGGAAUUAUCGCAUAAAGAGAUCAAAACGUUGACAUCGGCGCCAACGACUGAUAUGAAUUUUGUUUUCUCGUCCCAUUCGGCACCGUGUAAUCAAGCGGGCAAAGUACCUUCAGCUAUCACGCCAUCGCCGUCGUCUGCUUCUUUAUCGGCCGUAUUGAGUGAUUUUGUUAGCAGUUUGAAUCAUGUUAACAGUAGCAGCAACAGUAGUGACGCAGGCAACAUUGCUUCAUUAGAUCAUCAACAUAAUGAGACAACGCACGCCAACCAAAUAAGAAAUAACAACAUAACAUCGAACGAACUUAAUCGUAUACAAACUUCAACCAGUUUAUCAGCAACAACGACAUCAAAUAAUUUGGUGGACACGAUAUCGGCGUUCAGUGCUAGUAACACUAAAAUGACAGAUUUGGCACCUGCCGCUUCUGAAGAUGCCGUGCACCUUAAUCUCAAUCGAUUGAAAGAUCAUAUAGCUUAUGAUGUUUACGACGAUGAUGCUGUAUUGAAAUUAAAGAAACAAUUGUCCAAACUGCAAGGUUUAGCUACAAUGAAUACAAUGGAAUUUUUACCAGAAUUAUUCAAAAAUCCAAAGGAAGAGAGUCUACGACAUACAUCUAUAACAAACUCUGCAAUUGCAACAAUGCAAACUGAAAGCCCGUUAAUAACAGAGACGAUGAAACGAACAGAAUUACAAGCACAGCAGCAGCAGCAGCAGCGGUUAGAGCACCAAAAAGCGAAAGCAAUAAUAAUAGAAAAGAAAGAAAAUGAAAGAAAAAAAGCAAUGAAUGAAGCAGAAGAAAGCGCUAAGGUUGACAUAGAUAUGCGCGAAGUCAGCACUACAAUGGAAAUAUUGCCAAAUUUCAAAUGUAAGUCAGUUCGUUUAAAUUCAGAGGCCAACGUAGCAAACGUACAAAGGAGUGAAGAAGACAAUAAAAAUUUGGAACAUGAAAUUCUCACAAAGCCUGAUUUAAAAUGUGUUUUCGAUACGACGGUAACUGCAGCAACGGCAGCUACAACAACCUUAAGUGAGAACAUUUUCAGUUGUAAUGCCAGAUUUUAUGCCACAACCACCAUCAACUCCACCACAACUAACACCAUCACUACUACUAGUACCACCACCACCACCACCACCACCAACAUCACCUGUUCGCCAUGUACUGUAACAAAUACAGUUGAAAGUUUUCCUUUUUCAAAUGAUUUUGGUAAUAAUGUGACUUGUGAUACGACCACUGUUACUGCUACCGAUGCCAUUGGAAAUUUUAAACUACGUGAUGAAUUUAAUGAAUCAUCUGCGGCUGCCGAUGAUACUGCCCGUAAUAGCUGCAAUGGUCAAACGUUAGUUACGCCAUCCAAAAUCUAUUGA